CGGUUUAUACAUUUUGUUACACACGCACUGUCUGGUGUCAAAAAUAAUUCUGAUUCAUGUAUUUCCAUACGGUUGGAAUUACCCGUGUUCCUCAUUUUUAAAUCCAAUCUUUUCGCCAUUAAAUUGCAGACAAAGUGACUUAAAAAUGUAGUAAAGGUGUGACAUCAUAAAUGGGUUGUAGAUGAAAAAGUGUAAAUGGAUGAAGUGAAAAUCCUGUUACUUUACUGUGCAGUUUUGUGUUCUAAACCUAUUUAACAUGUGACAUUUUUGAUUUUAUUUUCUGGUACAUAUAAGCAAACUUAUUAAAUGAUGGAGUCUAUACGGAAGUGGUUUUAUAGACCUAAGAAAGACGAUACUUCACUGCUAGCUCAAUUUUUUUUCGCCGACGAAGCAUUAAAUAUGAUAGCAAGCGAGCUGGAUAGUUUUGACGGUCGCAAAGAUCCCGAGCGAUGCACAUCUUUGGUCAAUCAGUUGAGACAAUCGCAAGAUAAGGUUUUAACAAUAACGAAUGCCAUAAUGGACGUACUUAUCGGGGAACAUAGAGCUAAUCGUGAUUUCAGAGUGAAAUUUCCGGAGGACGUUCUGCAGGAAAACUUAGCAGGACAACUGUGGUUUGGAGCGGAGUGCUUGGCUGCCGGUUCUUCUAUCAUGAAUCGCGAGGCUGAAAGCACAGUAAUGCGACCACUUGCAAGAGCAUUAACGAAAAGUUUAGAAAACGUCCGGAAUUUACUACGCGAAACAUGUCUUCGUAGCAAUACACCGAACGGCCCUUUACAGUUGAACGGUAACGAUCUUAUUAACGAAGUUUUAAUCGAAAGCCUAAAAAUAUUUGAUAAACUCUUCGCGGAAUUCGAACUUUGUUACGUUAGCGCUAUGGUACCUGUGAAGACAACGAGAGAAUACGAAUUGCAGCAACUAAUCGGCGUUCUUUUCUCUGAAACCCUUCAGCGAGCGUUGCGAAUGAGAUUAAUAUCCCAAGAUAUGAUCGACGACUGUGAUCCGGCGCUUAUGUUUACGAUACCUCGUUUAGCUAUAGUUAGUGGGUUGUUAAUUUUUCCUAACGGUCCGCUAUGCAUCGAUAAACCGAUGGAGGAAAUAAGUGAAAUGUUUAGACCGUUUAGAACUUUAUUGCUCAAAAUUCGCGAACUGUUAUGGACGUUAAACAAGAAAGAGUUGUACAUGCUUGAAAAAUUAUUAUGUGAUAACGAACAAAUUAGUGACUUAAAAUCAGUUAGCGAUCUUGAUAUGCAUAGUGAUUUAGAUGACUUUAUUAAUCAAUUCUAUAGUGACUACCCUUCGUGUAAAGAUUUCAUGUGUACUUUUUUUACCGUUACCUUAAACAAUCAUGAAAGUGCUAAGGAAAAAAGCAAACCUGUUCAAUCUACGGACGCAAACAGUAGAGAAAACACAGUAGAUAGUAAUGAAACUCCCUCCACCUCUACAGCCAUAGAAGUUCUAGAAGAAAGUUCAUCAAUCGAUUCGCAACCUGAACAUGAUUCUUUGGAAGUAAUAUCUGUAGCUGCUGCCACAUUAUCAUCUAUUCUUGCCACUGAAGCUCCUACCGAUUCCGAAGAGAAAAAACCAGGGGUAGAAUCUCCAAGUGAUUCGGGGAUAUGUACUGAAACUACUAGCUUAGAUAGAUCGCCCAGUUUGGAUGUAUUUGAAGAAAAAUCAUGUGGUUGUGUUAAGAAGUCUGCAAUGCCCCAAGUUUCAUGUCACUGCAAAUCAGAGCCGGCGCAGCUGCAAUCGAGCAAGAAAAAAAUGGCCCACCAAGGACAGGUCGACUUCUCCCCUGGAACAAGUGGAAGCGUGCCAAAGAUAACACGAAAAUCUUCAAAAUUGGUAUCCAUUCCCAAACGCGCUACCGACGCGGAAGUGAGCGAAGGAAGUUCGGAUACCUCGUCAUUCAAUAGCAACUGCGCGGAUGAUGAAGAAAUCGCCUUAGCGCUACAAGCUGCCGAAAUUGCCAGUAGGAACGAAAUUAGAGCAAAAUUUAGAUCAAGCGAGGAUUUGUUACAUAGAUUAUUCGUCUGUAUCGCCGGCGUAGCUGAUCAGUUGCAAACCAACUUUGCGAGCGACUUACGGAAUAUUCUCAAAGCCGUUUUUCUAAUGAACACUUGCGAUUCGCUUGAAACUGCUUCGCUUUCUGAGCAAAUUUUAGACAAUUCAAUUGAAUAUCAUCCAUCCUCCAGUGAAGUAAUUGAAAACGACGAGUUUACAGUUGACCCCAAUAUUCUAGCUCAGGAAGCUUUGUUCGAUAACAACGUAUAUUUUCAUAUGGAUAAUGAGGAUACCGAAUCCCAGUAUUCAAAUCGACCCCGAUCUAGUGAUGACGAAGAUAUAGCGGGCAUGACUGAAGAUUUUGAACGUUGCGUUAGCGUCACUGAAAAUUUAGGGACUGCUGUUGCUAAUGGAUCAGUGUCUCACAUAACUUGCCAGGUAGAAUAUGAACGUCCACCUGUGUGGAUACCGGAUAUAGAAGCGCCUAAAUGUAUGAGUUGUACCGCUACAUUCACGGUCGUCAAACGAAGACAUCAUUGUAGAAACUGUGGAAAAAUAUUUUGCUCUCGAUGUUCGUCAAACAGUGUUCCUUUGCCAAAAUUUGGCCACGUUAAACCAGUUCGAGUUUGUAACAAAUGCUUUAUGUAUCAAUUAAUGCCUUUUACUAUGUGACUUGGCUUAUCUCUGAAUUUUGUACUUAAUAUUCAAAUAGUGUUUUUAAAUCCUUAUCAUUUUAAGUACAUGUUUCGAUUAAUUUUAAACUGUAAGAGUAUGUGCAUAAAGCUGAGAAUAUUUUUGUUCCGAGCUUAACGCGAAGAAAUCUCAGCUAAUACUAAAUACGUACUUCACUUUUGCCAUGUUUCUUUGACACAGAAUUUGCAUAUUCUUCAUCUUAUGGAUCACUCGACGUAUUUUUAUUUUAUACGGAAAUAUAUUUGUUUCUGUGAGUACAAAUAACUAUUCCCGAAGACAUUACCACUAUAGAUAUUUUAUUUUUAUGAUGUACUGAGACAUGUUGUGAUAAAUUGUAAUUAUAUUGCUAAGGGUUUGGGAGAUAUGAAAUACAUAUUAAAUUGUUCUCAAU